AUGGCCCCGAAACGCCAAUCUCCACUCCUGCCUCAACCCAAGAAGCCCAGACCCGCCUCUGCGCUGAAGCCGGCCGACUCGUCGGCCUCGCCCGGCUUGCAGAAGGGAGAAAAAGAACAGCAAGAAGCAAUUGAAUAUAUUGAUGAAGUACAAAAUGAAAUAGACAGACUUAAUGAACAAGCCAGUGAGGAAAUUUUGAAAGUAGAACAGAAAUAUAACAAACUUCGCCAACCAUUUUGUCAGAAGAGGUCAGAAUUGAUCGCCAAAAUCCCAAAUUUUUGGGUAACAACAUUUGUCAACCAUCCACAAGUGUCUGCACUGCUUGGGGAGGAAGAUGAAGAGGCGCUGCAUUACCUGACCAGAGUUGAGGUGACAGAAUUUGAAGAUAUAAAAUCAGGUUACAGAAUAGAUUUUUAUUUUGAUGAAAAUCCUUACUUUGAAAAUAAAGUCCUCUCCAAAGAAUUUCAUCUGAAUGAGAGUGGUGAUCCAUCUUCAAAGUCCACUGAAAUCAAAUGGAAAUCUGGAAAGGAUUUGACGAAACGCUCAAGUCAGACACAGAAUAAAGCCAGUAGGAAGAGGCAGCACGAAGAGCCAGAGAGCUUCUUUACCUGGUUUACAGACCAUUCUGAUGCAGGUGCAGAUGAGUUAGGAGAGGUCAGCAAAGAUGAUAUUUGGCCAAAUCCCUUGCAGUACUACUUGGUUCCUGAUAUGGAUGAUGAAGAAGGAGAGAGGGAAGAUGAUGAUGAUGAAGAAGAAGAAGAAGAAGGAUUGGAAGAUAUUGAUGAAGAAGGGGAUGAGGAUGAAGGUGAAGAAGAUGAAGAUGAUGAUGAAGGGGAAGAAGGAGAGGAGGAUGAAGGAGAAGAUGACUAAUAGAAAAGAACACUGAUGGAUUCCAACCUUUUAUUUUUAUUUUUUAUUUUUUAAAUUUUCUCCAGUCCCUGGGAGCAAGUUGCAGUCUUUUCUCCCCACAACCUCUCAUGCUCAGUAGCCCUAUUUUUGAGGUCUCUUCUUCUCAACAUCAUGGUUCUCAUCUUAUUUUGGGGGGAAAUUACCCUGAUCAGAAUACAACAGGAAAAUAAUCUUUUUUAAAAAAAAAUUGUUCUAAAAUCAUUUUUAUCCCUUCCUGUCUAAACAAGAACUGUAUGGAUUAACACCACCACCGUGCUCUGUGGGAAAAAAAGAAAAACCUUCUGCUCCCUUCACUCUGACAGAAGCUGGAGGGUGCUGGCCCUGUGUAGUAGUGCAUAGAUUCUAGCUUCUUUCCUCCUUUCUCUGUAUACUGGGCUCAGAGAUUACACUGUGUCUCUAUGUGAAUACAGACAGUUAGCAUUUACCAACAUGUACCUGUCUACUUUCUCUUGUUUAAUAAAAAGAAAAAAAUCUUUAAAAAAAAUGGGGUAUAGAAGGUCAGCAAAGGGUGGGUUUGAGAUGUC